GAUGCGAGGCGGCAUUGGAGAGCUGCUAGACCAGGGGAGCUGGCGGAGAGAAGCAAAGCCCCUCACUCCGGGCUCAGCGGGAUCCCAUUGGUUCCCGAGCUGCUCUUCCAAAGCGAAGAAGAGCUUGGAGGAUUGAAGCGCACAGCCAGACGCAGACACUCAGCCAAGUUGUCAGCACGCUGGGAGGAAGAGAGGCUCACACACACACACACAUACACACACACACAGGAGAUUGCAGGGUGUCCGCUGCUUGAUGCUCGUUUGUUUCCAGAGAGGAAGAAAAGAGAGUGAACAAACCAAAAAAAAAAAAAAAGGAACCAGAAAAGGGGGACGGAGUCUCAUCCAGUCCAGCAGUCCCGAGGGGAAUAAUGGAUGUGACCAUAUCUCAGUUCAUCUUAGAAGAAUUUGAUGUCAACUGCAGCCUCCUGGAUCGUUUACAAGAGACUUUUUUAGAGAGUUCCUCUAUCCCUUUCCUGGGCUUUGAUGGUCCGUACUGCAAUGCCACCACUGAUCAGAUCGGGACCUGCUGGCCCAGAACCUCUGCGGGGGAACUAGUAGAGAGACCCUGCCCGGAGUUCUUCAAUGGGAUCAAAUACAACACCACAAGAAAUGCCUACAGAGAAUGCCUGGGCAACGGGACAUGGGCUUCCAAGAUAAACUACUCUCAGUGCGAGCCUAUUCUGGAUGACAAGAGGAAGUAUGCGCUCCAUUACAAGAUUGCUCUCAUCAUAAACUACCUGGGGCACUGUAUAUCAGUAGGGGCCCUUAUAGUUGCCUUUAUGCUUUUCUUGUGCUUGAGGAGUAUCCGAUGCCUGCGGAAUAUUAUCCACUGGAACUUGAUCACCACAUUCAUCCUGAGGAAUGUGAUGUGGUUCCUGCUUCAAAUGAUAGAUCACAACAUACAUGAAAGCAAUGAACCCUGGUGUCGAUGUAUUACCACCGUCUACAAUUAUUUCGUGGUGACCAACUUCUUCUGGAUGUUUGUGGAAGGCUGCUACUUACACACCGCUAUCGUGAUGACUUACUCCACAGACAAACUGCGGAAAUGGGUCUUUCUCUUCAUAGGAUGGUGUAUUCCUUGCCCAAUCAUCAUUGCCUGGGCCAUUGGCAAACUAUAUUAUGAAAAUGAACAAUGCUGGUUUGGAAAAGAGCCAGGGAAAUAUAUCGACUAUAUAUAUCAAGGGCCAGUGAUUCUUGUUCUUCUGAUAAAUUUUGUAUUUCUGUUUAACAUAGUUAGGAUUUUAAUGACAAAGCUGAGAGCUUCAACCACUUCAGAAACGAUACAGUACAGGAAGGCAGUCAAGGCCACGUUAGUUCUUCUGCCUCUGCUAGGCAUCACCUACAUGCUUUUCUUUGUCAACCCUGGUGAGGAUGACAUUUCCCAGAUCGUCUUCAUCUAUUUCAAUUCCUUCCUGCAGUCUUUUCAGGGUUUCUUUGUGUCAGUAUUUUACUGCUUCUUGAAUGGUGAGGUAAGUAGCGUCCCUUGCUGUUUGUGUAAUUAA